AUGGAUAAUCUCCAGCCACGUAGCUAUCAACUCGAAAUGUUUGAGAUGAGCAUGGAAGAAAAUAUUGUCGCCGUGAUGCCCACUGGAAGUGGAAAGACCUACAUAGCUAGCAUGAGGAUUAUGGCAGAACUGGAGCGCUGCCAAGAUAACCAGAUGGUCUGGUUUUUGGUUCCAACAAAGGUAUUAUGUAUUCAACAAUUGACAUACAUUUCGCGUCACAUGCCCGCAGUCAGCAUGAGAAUGCUAACAGGGGACGAUGGAGUGGAAUGUUGGAGCAGUCAAGAGAUUUGGGAUGCCGCUCUUCGGGGAUUGAAGGUAGUAUUUGCUACUCAUGCUGUCCUCGCCGAUGCGCUCACGCACGGCUUUGUUAAAUUACAAGACUUGGCUUUGCUGGUCUUUGAUGAGGCUCAUCAUUGCGUGAAAUCACAUCCAGGAAACCGUAUCAUGCGUGAUUUUUAUCACAGAGUUAAAACCGAGAACAGCAAUGCAGCUGUUCCAAGCAUUCUUGGCUUGACAGCUUCCGUUGAUCCAAAGAAAGCCCGGGAACUUGAAAAGAAUUUGGAUGCAACUUGUCGCGCACCCCUGGUCCAGCGCCAGGAGUUAGCGGAGCAUGUUUCUGACCAGAAUCUAAUCAGGAUUGUCUAUUCUCGAGACUACAACGGUGCAGCAGACUUACCUUUCUAUUUACAAAGAUUAGAAGAGAUUGUGAUGGAACUGCGUGAAGACAGCAAAACCGAGGGCCAUACCAUCCCGGACGAGGUUUCCAGCCUCCAUACAAAAGCCUCGUUGCUUAAUGAGCACCCACUGACCCACGGUCUGUUUCGAUGCGCGCCUUGUGUGAGCAGCUCUACUCACUCAGAUCACUGGGCGACACAUAACUCUUCGAUCUCAAAGAACAGUGAGGCAGUAGUCAAUGACUUCCGCUGCGGCACAAAUAAUUUGAUUGUCGCUACCAAUGUGCUGGAAGAAGGUAUUGAUAUUCCAGCAUGUCAUCUAGUCAUUUCAUUCGAACUUCCAGAAAACAUCACAUCCUACAUCCAACGCCGGGGCCGAGCACGACAGGGUAUCUCUGAAUUUGUCAUUAUGGAAGAAGAUAAUCAUGAAUCCCUAGUGUCACGUCAAUCACGUCAAUGGAAUGUGCUUGAAAGGAGAAUGCAGGAGCUUUGUUUGGACCAUCAUCGACGUCCUCAAAUAGUGGAGAUAGACGAUGGAGAAUCUGAAAAAAUAGUUCUCCAUUUAUCUCUGGACACAGGGGCGCUGCUGACAGCAGAGAAUGCCAUAUCCCAUAUAUACCAUUUCUGCACAACUUUGCGAAGUGACACACCAGGCCAAAACUCUCCUUCUUUCUCAUUGGAGAGUAACGAGGAAAAUCACUUUCGAUCUACAGUCUAUCUGCCGAGUGGUGUUGAUACUUCGUUACGAGUAGCGAAAGGGCACCAUUGGUGGGCCACAAAGCAGUCAGCACGACAGGAUGCGGCUUUCCAGGCCGUUCAGGCGUUGCAUCGCCAAAAUCUAAUCAAUGACCAUUUCCUUCCUUUGUUCCAAGAUUUUUCAUCGGCUGAGAUGAAUCAACAAAAAACAGUGGCUGCCGAACUGCCCGUAGUGGAGAACUUUGUCAGCUUCUGGAAAGCCAUUCCAGGCCAUUGGACCGAACGAACAAUGUACAGGUGUCGCAUCGAGGUUUCUAAGAAUGGGGAAGUACAACCGGAUCUUGGGAUGGCUCUUUUUACACCAGUAAAGCUACCAAUUGAUGCAAAUGUGGACCUAUACUGGGAUAAUAAAACAACUUUUACGGUAAAAUUGCAGCCCUUCAACCUUGAAACAACGCUAUCAACUCUUUUAAGGUCCGUCAUUCUUGAGAUAACGACCUUAUUGCUGCAUUCGACUCGAGGAAAAUCGCCGCAAGAAGAUUAUCCAGAGUAUCUUCCAUUCUUUACUCCGGACCUCCCCCUAGAAGAGCUAGAAGACUGGCUUGAUAUCAACCGAGGAUCUUUUGCUAUUCGGAGGGAGCAAACUCGUGUGCCCCUUCUUUCAGUUGAUGGUUUCAUCCGAAGCCCUAGGCUUCAUUUCACUCCCCACAUCUUUGUGAGGUGGAUUCGAAACCUGGAUGCAAAGGGAUUUGCGAUCGAAUGUCGACCAUUUGAAAAAAGGCGGAACCUCAUUCGGCAAGCAAUAUUGGCAGAUCAAAUCUCCACACAAACUUUCUUCAAAACAACCUGUAUAGCUGCCACUGAAUGCACCAUUGAUUUCCUGCCUUGGGAACUGGGUCAGACCAGCCUCCUGAUUCCGCCAAUCAUACAAUGCCUGCAUCAGCAUUUGAUGGCGCAGUCUAUACGCGUUGAAAUUUUUGGAGAUGUGCCUGAAAUCGGAUUGAGUUCUCUAGCGGAGGCAAUCACAUCCCCUUCUUCUCAAUGGCCGGUAAAUUAUCAGCGACUGGAAUUUUUGGGUGACUCUCUGAUCAAGUUCUUGGUCUCUACGCAUGUCUUUCAUACUUAUCCUCGAUGGCAUGAAGGCUACUUAUCAAAGAUGAAAGAUUUGCUGGUUUCAAACGAGAGACUCACGCGCGCGGCCGUGAGUGUUCACUUGGAACAAUUUAUCUGCGCAGAUUUCAUCACGCGAAAACAUCCAAUCUUUUGGCAGAAUAAAGGAAACACCGUGGAGAAAGAGAUUCCGAGAAAAGUAUAUGCCGAUGUGGUAGAAGCUCUCGUAGCGGCUGCUUAUGAACAUGGUGGAAUUUCGCUCUCCCGAAAUCUUGUCGACAUUUUUCUACCAGAGAUUUCCGGCUUCACGCCAAUUCCCCACGAACCACCAAAGAAAAACUGCCAAUUUCCGGUCCAUUUGGAAAUCAAGCUUGACAAACUUCUUGGCUUCAAGUUUAAAAAUCGGGCUCUAAUCUGGGAGGCGCUCACACACCCAUCAUGGCAAAGAGACCAAACAACUGGGUCUUACCAACGACUUGAAUUCCUAGGAGAUGCGGUCUUGGACUUUCUCGUUGCAAGAAAAUUGCACAAUCAGGUCCCAAAGCUUUCGGAAGGUCGAAUGACGGAAAUCCGAGCUGCUUUGGUAAAUGCCGAUUUCUUAGCAUUCCUCUGCAUGGAUUUCGCUCUCGCCGAGACAUGUUACUAUGGGCAGGAGAUAACGGCAGGCAAUUUUGGGAUGACCGUUCAACCAAGAAAUACCGCAUUAUGGAUGUUCAUGCGACAUGACUCUGAAGAUGUUAGUAAUAUCUGGGCAUCGUGUAGUCAGAUAUAUCGCAUGCUUGGAGAUGCAGUCAAGAAACCCCUAAAAAGUGGGCGCUCAUAUCCUUGGGCCCUGCUUGCCCAGCUAAGAGCAUCCAAGUUCUACUCAGACCUCAUUGAGAGCACUAUUGGGGCAAUUUUUGUUGAAAGUGGAGGUGACCUGGAAGCAUGUGAACGCUUCUUGGAACGUAUCGAGUUGAUGGCUUAUCUUGAGCGUUUCGUGGCGCAUGAUGUGGAGGUAGAACACCCAAAGAGUGCUAUGGAUCGUCUCAUAGGUACACGCAAAGCCGAAUUUCGGGUGAAAGAAACCGAGAGUAGCUCGCACGAUAUCUCUGUUUGGAUAGAAGGUGAAGAAGUGGCGUCCAUCAAUCACUGUUCAUCAAAAGCCGAAGCGUUGGUGCGAGCCGCCGAUGCGACGGUGUUGUUUUUGUCACGAACUUGA